UGCCUUAAUAAUCUUCUCGUUGGAGGGGGCAGAAUAUGGAAAUGCUGGGCUCCUGCUGCAGUCAACACUCGAAGUUGCCGUUAGGCCACGACACGUUUUUAUCUUCGUCCUUCUUUGGCAUGGCUUUGGAUGAUGUACCUCGGGGAAAGAGAGCAACCGGUGUUCGGUUAGGAAAAUACAAUCAUGUAACAAGAUUCUGCGCUGUAUCUGAUAGACCGCUGUUGAACUCUACCAUGGCAGAUGUUGCUAAAGAACUCGAGACACUUCACGCCCCGAUGUUUCCAGUGCCAGAAGCGGACCCAAAGACUGUCGCCUCUAUAAUAUUAGGCGGUGGAGCUGGGACUCGGCUUUUUCCUUUGACUAAAACAAGAGCUAAGCCUGCUGUACCGAUUGGCGGUUGUUACAGGCUAAUAGAUGUCCCAAUGAGUAACUGCAUCAACAGUGGGCUUAACAAGAUUUAUAUUCUUACUCAAUUCAAUUCCCAGUCCCUCAAUCGCCAUAUAGCUCGUACUUAUAAUCUGGGAAGUGGAAUGAACUUUGGUGAUGGAUUUGUGGAAGUAUUGGCGGCCACUCAAACACCAGGUGAAUCUGGAAAGAAGUGGUUUCAAGGCACAGCAGAUGCUGUAAGACGAUUCGCCUGGCUGUUUGAGGAUGCCAAGCAUAGAAACAUAGAGAACAUUCUGAUAUUAUGCGGAGAUCAUCUCUACCGAAUGGACUACAUGGAUUUUGUGCAGAAGCAUAUAAGUUCUGGUGCUGACAUAUCUGUUUCGUCUCUGCCCGUGGAUGACAGUCGAGCUUCUGACUUUGGGCUGAUAAAGAUUGACGAAUCAGGACGGAUAAAGCAAUUUCUUGAAAAACCGAGGGGUGCGGACCAGAGAUCAAUGAGAGUAGAUACAGCAAUUCCGGGAUUAUCUGCUCAAGAUGUGAAAAGAUUCCCCUACAUUGCAUCAAUGGGUAUAUACUUGUUCAAAACAGAUGUCUUGCUGAAGCUUCUCAGACAGGACUAUCCGACAGCCAAUGAUUUUGGAUCAGAAGUCAUUCCGAUGGCUGCAAGGGACUAUCAUGUCCAGGCCUAUCUGUUUGACGGAUACUGGGAAGACAUUGGGACAAUCAAGUCCUUCUUCGAUGCAAACUUGGCGCUCACAGAUCAGCCCCCCAAGUUUCACUUCUACGAUCCGCAAAAACCAAUCUUCACGUCUCCUCGGUUUCUACCACCAACAAAAAUAGAGAAGUGCCAGGUCAUUGAUUCUAUAAUAUCGCACGGCUGCUUUUUAAGGGAAUGCAGCAUUCAACAUUCUAUCGUGGGCAUUCGUUCGAGAUUGGAAUACGGGGUUGAGAUGAAGGACACAAUGAUGAUGGGUGCUGAUUAUUACCAAACCGAGGCCGAGAGAGCGGCCUUCCUGGCCGAGGGAAAAGUUCCAAUCGGCGUCGGCAGAGACACAAAGAUCAGAAACUGCAUAAUCGACAAGAAUGCGAGAAUCGGAAAGAACGUCGUAAUAGCGAACAAGGGUAAUGUAACGGAGGCCGAUCGACCGUCCGAAGGGUUCUACAUCCGAUCCGGAAUCACUGUCAUCCUUAAGAAUUCGAUGAUUCCCGAUGGGAGUACCAUUUAGAAAUGUUCCUUAACUAGUGAGGCCAAUGAGGAGCAAUAUGAGUGCACGAACGUGCACACCGCAUACUUCCUGGCGCGGCGCGAAAGAAAUAUACAACCACCUAACGCGAUUCAGUACAUUCCAAUCAAUUUUGGAAUCGGAUACUCGAGUAAUUGGACAUUUGAGAAAUUUUUUGGUUGCGAUUCGAGCAGAUGGUGGAAUAAAACUUGUAGAGAAAA